ACAACAGUUGUACGCAUUUCUGGAAUGACAAACUUUAUAAGCGCUAUCGAUCUCUGCGCAUCAUUUGUCUCUAUCGCGCCUUAUAACAUACACGCAACAUUUUGUCAGCGUUUGAUCGCACGAAGUUCUUACUCGUGAUCGGGAUGUGGAUAACUUACAAUUAUCAAGCUAUGUUAACGCUUGCGCAGUGAAUCAGUAUCGACGAACUUUUCUAAUUUCGCGAAUAAUAGACCGCCACCUGUAGCUAUCCACAGGACGUAAUCGAUGACCUUUAUUAAAUCGCACCACUGUUGGAACGGGUGCCAACUGGCAGCUUUCCAAUUCUAACUGUUUAGUCCGCCUCGACCUAUAAACAUGGAAAGAGCCAGCGAAUUUAUAAAUUCCCUGUCCUUUACGUUGUACCGUAGAAUAUUAUUGCAACGGAAACCCGGUGACAAUAUUGCCGUUUCUCCGCUCGGAGUUCUUAGCGCUUUUAUCUCUGUCAAAGAUUCAGAUUUCGGAAACAGCGGCGAGAUUUUCAACACAAUGAGUCGCAUUUUUGAAGAUAGUGGGAAGCAACCGGAACAGUGCUUUACAGAGCUGUUUACUGAGCUGCGUUUGCGAGUGUCCGGUGUUUCUCGGCCUGCAGAUUCGGUUCCAACUGAUUGUUCCAGUCCCAGUACAUCUAGCGAACCGGCGCCCAUGGAAUCGCAUAUGAUUUUCUAUGGGUCUGUUGUUGAUGAAAUUGAAUUAUCGCUGCUGAAUACAGUUUUUUCGUGGGUAGGUAGUGAUAGCAGUAUCGGUCCGGAUAUUUCACGAUCGAUGGGAGAUGUAAUGGUGAUGGACGCCCCAGCAGAUGAUUCUAAUUGCGCACUGAGAUUUAUCAAUGAAACUAUGGAGAAAACGACGGGACGAUCGAUCGCAUCGUCGCUUACUGACUGUCAACCGCCCAUACUGCUUAAUAUUCUAACUUUUAAAGGCGGAUGGUCCGAAAAAUUUCGCAAAGCAAAAACGGCAAAAAAUAAGUUUUACAUGGGGGACAUUGAGAUGGAAGUGGAUAUGAUGUCGUUAGCCAGUCAUUUUAAUUAUGCGUAUUACGAGCCAUUGGAUGUUGACUAUCUGGAAAUAUGCUACGCUAGCGGCGAAGCGUCGAUGCUAAUCCUGUUACCACGUCAGAAGGGUGGACUAGAGGAACUGGAAGGAAAGUUGGAAUUUAAGAACAUCACCGAGGUGGCCGAACUAGCCAACAGGAUGCACGAGGUGCACCUGUUCUUUCCUAAAUUUGUUAUAGACAACUCCACUGAUCUUACGGUUCUGUCUGGAAGACUGGGUGUACAGCCAAAAACUGGAGCUUCUUGUCGAUUGCUUCAUGCGGCUGUAAUCGAUGUUCACGAAUCCGGAACCGGCAUCAAUAACGACGAAGUGGGCUUGCAGGGUGCCGGCACUCCAGGGCAUCCAGAGCCUAUAGAAUUCGUGGUGGAUCAUCCUUUUAUGUUUUUAAUACGCCAUAAUCCCACUAACUGUAUACUUUUUAUUGGAAAAUUAGAGAAUGCUAAUGCGUAAAUCCAUGUUCAGAAGUAUUAUUGCAUAUUAAUUUAUUUUUCUUCGCCCAGUAAGCAGGUGUUCAUAAUAUUAUUGUUAUUGCGUACUGGCGUGAGCGGAUGUUGCGCGAACACCGACAGGCAAUGAAACUGAAUUAAGUGUUCGUACAACAGCAAACUAAUUAGAAAGCACUGCCAAAAUCUGACAAACCUUUUUUAAAGCGUUCUCUGUUUUAGUACAGCAAUCUUUUAACGACUGAAGUUGCAACAAUAGUAGAACGCCCGACCAUUCAUCUUCUUGAAGUUUGCAUGAAAAGUCUCGUACCUACCGUAUGUG